AUGCCGAACGCCUUUGACCGAAUCUCGGGCCAUGUCCGUGGCGGCGCUGGGCCUAGCGAAGACCACAUCCGUAAUUGUGAAAAGGGGCCAGCCGGCGUCCAGCAGCCACGGAACGUUGCGACAAGUAAACGAUGGGCAGGCAACCAUGACCUCAACGUACGGCACGCGCCGUCGUCCAGCCGUCGGUUUCGACGAAAACCCAGUUCACCUUGGAAACGCGCAGCAUUGCUUGGCCCCCUUCUCUUGGCCCCGACCGUGUCAGCAGUCUUUUUGCCCUUCGACAAUUGCCUACCGGAUAAUUACAUUUGGUAUAACAAAGACGACGGGACUGCUCAGCUGCAAUGGGUUCCAGUUCAACUAGACGCGAAAUUCGACUUGGAAGACCCGAACAACCUUCUCAUUACUGUUUGGGGAAACGUGACUGGCAAGGUUGGGACCGACCCUUUGCCCCCCUGGAAUAGCACCGAAUGGAUAAACGGGACCCAGUCGCUGCUGGGGAAGAUACAGGACGAACCCAUCCAGAAGAACGCGACGACCCUGCACAGCAAAGUCGAUGUCGCCUCAUACAAGCCGUUUUCCUCAGACCGAAGCUUCUGUGAGAACAUCCAGAAUGGGUCGUGUCCCUUGGGUCCUGUCUGGGAUGACUCGAUCACGAUGGAGAAGCCAUAUGGCUUACCAUAUUUCAACAUGUCCCACAACUUCAGCUCCACGUAUGCCUUCGCAUCUUUUGCCCCGACUUUCAUCAUUCUCUACGGCGACGAAAGCGCCACGCGCAUUGGCUGCGUAUCAGCAACAGUGACACCGAGUCUUGGAGGCAUAUCGUGGUUCCUCAGGUUCCUCCCGCUCUUCGUCCUUCUCUUGGUCGCCUUUGCGACAAUAUUUGCAGCCGUGUUCAGCCCGUGGGGAACGAGUGAUGUUUUCCAUUGGACCUCGAACUAUGGGAGAGACCACGAUCUUCUUCGAUUGGUGACGCCAGGAUUUGGUGACUGCAUUCAAUAUAUACAGUUCAUUGUCUUGACGGGCGGUCUGACUCUGAACUAUCCUGGUUUUUACCAGCCGGCAGUCAGCAAUGCUGCAUGGUCGUCACUCAUGUUCAAUGAGAGUUUUGUUGCAGGGGCUGAUCCAUGGGAAAGCUUGGUUGACGGUGUCUACGUCACCAACGGAACACUUGGAAUGCAAAGACUGUCGCAAUUGGUGGGCAUGGCCGAAGUUGAGGAUAUAUGGGCUGGGAUGAUGAUCUGGCUGCUGGUCAUUAUCGGCGCAGUACUCGUUGCAGUCCAGCUCGGAUUCGUCGCACGGUGGCUUCUGAGGUUCAUCAAGGACACACCGGAAGAAGACCUACGAGCCAAGAACAUGCCGUUCUCUAUGGGAGUUGUUAUCCGUUUGGUUUUCAACUACUUUCUUCUACCAAUCGUCGCUCUAUCGACGUUUCAACUAGUCGUCGCUGCGGAGUCACUCGUGGUCUUGGUAGCAAUGGCUGUCGUCACUCUCGCGUUGAUCAUAGGCUUCGCAUCAUACUUGAUGUAUCUCAUUGUUACGACCAAGCCACGCGCGCAUCUGUUCGACGACCUUCCUACGGUACUUCUAUACGGCCCGUUAUACAACACCUACUCCGACGAGGCGGCUCCAUUCGCUCUUGUGCCUAUAAUACUAACAUUCAUCCGCGGCAUUGCGAUCGGCGCUGUGCAGCUUUCGGGGAUCGCUCAGAUAGUGAUACUUGCUGUGUGCGAGGUCAUCCAGAUGCUCACAAUUCAUGCAUUCCGCCCAUUUCACUCACCGACGAACAUGAAUGCAUACCACACGGGCUUUUCGCUCAUGCGGUUUCUCGCUGUGAUUCUCAUGGUUGCCUUUGCGCCGUCGAUGGGCGUUACCGAGGGGCAGAGGGACUGGAUUGGAUACGUCAUUCUCUUGUUUCACGGGGCUGUUCUUGUUUUUGGAUUCUUCCUCAACGCACUGCAGACGACUAUCGAGGUCAUUGCGAGAAUGUGCGGUGCUGGAGGUGACGAUGUCCGAGGUCAGACGCGCGGUGGUCUCUCCAAGAUCUUCGGCGCUCGUCAACUACAAAGGCGUGUCUCGAGGCGCGGCGCCGCCUCUCGACAGAGUCAGCUAAGCACAACAGGCAUGCUGGAUGCCUACAACUCCUCCAAAGGAGGAUAUGGCCGCGUGAGGAGCGAUUCUGCAGGCACCAUGGGCAUUCUUCUUCAUAACCAGAAGCGAAGCUCCAGUGCUCUAGACGGACGCAGCAUGGAUGGCUUCUCUGGCCCAAUGGGAGGGAGCGUGUUUACGCCGACGACACCAGGGGCAGAUGCCAGUACCUUCUCCUUUGUGCCAUCACCAGGACAUGCCACGCGACCACAGCCAGCUGCAGACCCCUACUAUCGGCCCCCUCGAGCGCGCAGAAACACUAAUGACGAUAUCGGUGCAUCCCCACCUGGACGUGGCCGUGGUUCGAUCGGUAGUAUCGACCUUGCCGACAGACGCCUCAGUCAAGCGGGUGGGCCGUUCCUUGAUGCUCCCGACUUCGAGAGGUCCGGCUCAGGUAGAGCGACACCUACGCCUGCCCCAGCAUCUUACAUGCCUGUCUUCGCCCCUAGAGCAGACUACUCGACGAGAGAGGUGGACUUCUAUUAUGGCGUACGAGGACCUGCGCUGAACUCUGAUUCGCCAGGCCGCCGAAGAAUGGGGACUGGGCCCGCAGACCCGACUAGCCCGGUCGCUACUGCAACUGGUUGGAUUAAGAGCCUGUUCGGCGGAAAGACGAAAGAAAAGGGCAAAGGUUUUGAAGUGGUGCGCAGCGCGAGGAUGCCACCGGCGAUGAAGGCGCGAGGAGGGGACCUGAGCGACGACGGAGCUCCUGAAGGAAUACCUGUCGCCAUGGGAGUUUUGCGCAAUGGCCCGAUCGAGAGCGACGACGAAGACGAUGCUCCGAAGACGAAGGUGGAAAAACAGACGACUAGGGACACCACUUCGAAAGACGGCCCGGCCAUCGAGAGAGAGUCUGGCAGAGGGUCCGAGAGUGACGACGCGUCAGACGAUGAAAGACCGCGUGUGUCAGAGAACCCUCCCUUGCUUCCGGAUUUGGAUGCUGGCGAGAGCUUCAGGUUUCCGAGUAGGAUUCACUCCACGAGAACCAACCGGCAGCCGUCCCAGAGGACUGCGAAGGACGUCGAGAUCAUACCGCUGCCAGAAGUUCCCAGGAAGAGUUCCAAACGCAAUUCGAGUGUCGAUCGAUUCAACAAUCCCUCUUUCAACUUAGUCCCGCCAACAGAAGCCUCCAAAAACCUACAGGUUGGCAUCGGCUCCUCUUCGCGGUUACCAUUUGAUCGCACGAACUCACAAAAGCGGCUCUCGAGUUCCUCAGUCGGCGCCACUGAUACCGAGAUGCCCUCCGCAAGCCUCCCUGGGGAUAGCGGUGAUGAACGCCCUACAAGUUUUGGCUAUGUCCACCAACACAACAUUAGUCGAGUUGACCCGUCGUCCGAUCAACAUGUUGAUCUCCUCGGCAGCGCGGCAGAGGUCGUAGAGAGCUCGAGGAGGGUGCAAUACAUCUCGAACUGCUUAUAUUCGGCUGAAAACAAAGGGAUAGUAGAGAAUGGCUCCUCGAAGAAAGCCAGAUGGAGCCCCUACUCCAGGAUACCUGCUAGCCUGGCAGCUGUGCAAAAUUGGGAUGCUAAACUCGGUCAGCACCGGCUCAACCGCGGGGCAGCCGGAUCUGCAGCCGGCGCCACUGCAUCUUCUUCGCCGGGAACGGGGCAAGUUUUCCGACGACCAGGCCGCUCUUGCACCCAAGAAACCAAGAAACUAGACUCCAGCAUGGCGGAAGCGCGGAUCUCAGUGCUGUGCUCCGGCAAUGGAAGCAACCUGCAGGCCCUGAUCGACAACUGCCAGAGCGGCCGGAUCCCGGGCAGGAUCAUCAAGGUCACGGUCAACAAGAAGGACGCCUAUGCGCUCGAGCGCGCGGCCAAGGCCGGCAUCCCGACCGACUACUUCAACAUCGUCAGCCACGGCUUCAAGAAGGCCGGCGAGAAGGACGAGGCCAGGGUCAAGGAGGCCCGCGCAAAGUACGACGCCGCCCUGGCCGAGCGGAUACUGGCCGACAAGCCCGAGCUCGUCGUCCUCGCCGGCUGGAUGCACGUCUUCUCGGCCGACUUCCUGCGGCCGUUGAAUGCCGCGGGCAUCGAUUGCAUCAACCUCCACCCGGCGCUGCCAGGCAUGUACGAUGGUGCGGGCGCGAUCGCGCGGGCACACAAGGACUUCCUGGCCGGGACGCUCGCCAACGCGACCACGGGCAUCAUGAUCCACCACGUCGUGGAGGAGGUGGACCGGGGCGCGCCCAUCCUGGUCAAGGAGAUCGUGAUCAAGGAGGGCGAGAGCCUCGAGGCCCUCACGGAGAGGAUCCACAGCUUCGAGCACGACCUCGUCGUCGAGGCGACGGCCAUCAAGGCCAAGGAGAUCGUGGGCAAGCGGCAGGCGUAG